CGGCCCGCUCCUCUCCGCAUCCCCGGGGAGUGGACUCGGCGGCUGCUCCGUGUCGCCGGAGCCGGAGCGCGCAGGCCCGUCCCGGCGGCACGGGGAGGGGUGGCGGGGACGCCAUGUGGUUCAUGUACGUGCUGAGCUGGCUGUCGCUGUUCAUCCAGGUGUCCUUCAUCACGCUGGCUGUCGCCGCUGGACUCUACUACCUGGCAGAACUGAUAGAAGAGUAUACGGUGGCCACCAGCAGAAUCAUCAAGUACAUGAUUUGGUUCUCCACGGCAGUGCUGAUCGGCCUCUACAUCUUUGAGCGCUUCCCCACCAGCAUGAUUGGCGUGGGCCUCUUCACCAAUCUUGUCUACUUUGGCCUCCUCCAGACCUUCCCCUUCAUCAUGCUGACUUCACCUAAUUUCAUCCUGUCAUGCGGACUAGUGGUGGUGAAUCAUUACCUGGCGUUUCAGUUUUUUGCAGAAGAAUAUUAUCCUUUCUCUGAGGUCCUGGCCUACUUCACAUUCUGCCUGUGGAUAAUCCCAUUUGCAUUCUUCGUGUCACUUUCAGCUGGAGAGAAUGUCCUGCCCUCUACCAUGCAGCCAGGAGAUGAUGUGGUCUCCAAUUACUUCACCAAAGGCAAGCGCAGCAAACGCUUAGGAAUCCUGGUUAUCUUCUCCUUCAUCAAAGAGGCCAUCCUACCCAGUCGUCAGAAGAUAUACUGACCCUGUGGGGAGGGAUGUGGGGGCAAGACCAGCAGAGCCAGACCCUUGGGCCUCUGGGCUAGUGGUGCCCAGGAGCCUGGAGGGUACCUUCUGCCAGUCCAGCCCCAUCCCCACCCUCCUCGGAGGGUUGAGGGGCACGGGCUCGGAUACUGCCAGGGGCGCCAGGGAGGGUAGCAGAGCCUGCUUCCAGGAGGCCAUGUCCCCAGCCCUCUCCUCCCUAGGGUUGGGAGGGUCUGGCUUAGGGCAGGCAUGGCAGGGUCUUUGAAGCUGGGGAACAGCCACUGACAAGUUCUUCUGGCAGAUGGCCGUAGGGAGGGGCUGAGGCUUGGCACUUCCAGGAGAAGUGGAUUUUGCUGUUGAAAUGUGAUUUUUGUCCAAUACCGAUUCCCGUUUGAAUAAAGAGUCUAGGUGGCACUGUUUGCCUUAACACCCCAGAGGUGCAUCCUCCUCUCUGCCUCCUAACCUUCUGCCUAGACUGGGCUAGCCUUCUGCUCUAGGGACUCCUCUUUUGGGUCUUGCCAAUCUGAAGAGAUUCUUGUGGCCCUAGGUGGGAAGGGAACAGAUGAGGAGAGGGCAGAGGCACCUUUCUUAGGCUUCUCCCUCUUCUGCCUCUCCUUUCCCCGAGGCUCUGUGAUUGUGGAGAGGGGAAGGAGCAAAGACAGUUUAGGACUGGGUUAGGAUCGCAGAACAACAUCUACAAUAUCCCUAUUUAUAAGUCUUUUUCUGAGAAAGUGGAGAGGUUUUUUGGUAAAUUCUAUCUCAGGCUCAAAGGAAGAAAAAAAAAAAAAAAAGGCUAGGCAGCCUGGGCUGUGGUCUGUUUCAUAAGAAAUGGGAUUGGAAGAGCCUGGCACUUAACCUGUGUGCCCCUUGCUCCUGAAGGGAUGUGAGCUCUGCCUUCUAGGAAGGUCUUGGGCACAGACCAGCAAUUGUUGACCUUGCACUCCAAUUACAGUGCCUUGCAAGGGCUCAACAGUACCUACUGGAAUGAAGUCCCCAUGAGAGCCACCACUGGCCAUGUUCUAUACCUCACAGUGAAGCUGGCAGGUGCAGAGAUGGACAGCCAUGGGAAAGACCAUGUGUGAACUGCUUCCUCUGUCUAUGCCCAGAGUCCUACUAGCAUCUCUCAUCUCAUUGAUUUCUGUUGAGUCUCAUCUACCUUUCCCUAAAUUUUGCUCUUUGGCUCCAAGUGAGAUUGCCAGGCCCAUUCCUGUCAUAUGGGCUGCUGAAGGUAUAGGACACAAGGCUGGUGUCUCUCCAGUGGGCUGACGGUGGCUCCAGUUGGCCUUGCUGUCUGCUUCUUUGUCUGUUUACUUGCUGGUCAGUGCUUGGCCAGGGGCAGUUAGGGUCCUUCCCAGGCUAAACCCAGCAGAGUUGUACUUGUAACCUAGUGGCUCUUGGGGUGGUUGACACAGCUGAUCACCCCUGCUUCUUGACUCAAGCUUCCCUGGCACUUCUGUGGCUGGUUGUCCUGCUACCUCUCUGUCCUUUAGUCUCUGUGCACACUGGGGCUCCUCGGCUCUGUUCUAGUGGCUUCAGGGAUACUCUGGAGGAAGCCAAGGCUGACCUCCAGCCCAGCUCCUUCCUGCCUUCUGAGUCACAAUUCUGCCGCCUUCUGGGCACACAGAUAACUUGAGCUCAGCACCUGUUGCCAUCCUCUGCACAUCUGCUCUUUCUAGUACCUGCCCUGGUCCCAAGAUGGCCCGUGAGCCAGGCAGGAAGUUUGCGAUUUGAGCCGCUCCCACUGCCAUCUUCAUUCUUUAUUGUGACAGUCUUCUGUGUUGCUCUGUCCUAUGGUCAGCUGGGGUUUUUCUAAAAUGCAUAGCUGACCAAGUCACUUCUGGCCCCAAACUUCCUUUGCUCCCCACUGCCCUCAGGAUUUAUCCAGACCCGUUAGCAUGGCAUAUGAGGCUCCUGGUGCCCUGGUCCCUCCUGGCCUCAUCAUUUGCCUUGUGCUCUGGGCCCCAGCCUCUGGUAUGCAGAGACCAUGGCUGUCUUGCCACUUUGAUACCUGUUCUUCUAUGACUUUGGUACUUUGCCAGAUCUCGACUUAGAUUUUAUUUCUUCCAAGGAGCUUUGAAUGUCCCCUCUCCUCUUCCAGUACCACCCAGCACGCCACACAUCUUGGGCUCACUGGCCUGAAGUAUGGUCUGUCUCCCCACUAGACUGGAAGCUCCUUGAGGGCAGGGACAGCCCUUGAAUUUUUGUAUCAACUGUCUGGUUUGGCACCUGGCCCAUGGAAAGCACUCAAUAAAUGUUUGUUUAAUGA